AUGAGUACUGAGUGUUCAGUGGUAUUCAAUGUAACAGUGAGAACAUCGCUUUCUUAGAUAGUUGGAGUGGUAGGUAAUUAACCAGAGUUAGGAAGUUGGAAUGAGAAGAAAGCAUGCAUUUUAAAAACAGAACCAGCAUCAUUUCCAAAAUGGGUGACUGAAAACCCUAUAAUAUUUUAGAGAGGUAAAAGGGAUACAUUAUUGAAGGAACAAAACUGGAAUUCAAAUUUGUGAUAAUAGAGAAUGGAAAAACAAUUUGGGAAGAAUUGCCAUAAAAUCGUAAAUAUCGAUGCCGAUAUUGGAAAGUCGCUUUGACAGCAGAGUGGAAUAAUUAUGAAGGCAGAGAGUUUAUAGAGAAAAGAUUUAAAUCUAGUGUGUGUUUAAAUUAAGAAGUUUUAAGUAAAGUCACAAGAACAAGAAUGAGUGAUUAAUUUGAUCCUUUUGAUUAAGCUAAUGAUGAUUCCGAAGAUUCUGUAGAAGGAUUUGAUAGUUUUGCAAGAGAAAUAGCUGGUAAAAAUGAUUCAGAAUCAUCAGAAUCAGAUAAUGAAAAGAAAAAGCCUAUAGUUGAAAUCAACAAAGAUAGUGAUUUUUAAUCGUUAUAUUAAUAAUAUAAUGAGAAUCCAAAAUUUAGAUAGUUGAAAAAUUUCAAUUAGAAUGAUAUCUUAUAUGAAGUUAAUGAAGAUCCAUUAAUAGGAAUAAGUGAUGAAGAUUCUUUACUUAUAUCAACUUUUUAUCUUCCUAUUGUAGUGAUAAAAAAAGAAGAUGGAUAAUAUGAAAAAAGAAAUUUUUAACAUUCUUUUAGUUUACAUCUUUUAUUUGGUGCAUAAUAAUUCAAUAGAACAUGGUUUGGUCUUCCAAUAGUAUUAAAUGAAAAAGGAGAGAAAAUUAAUGACACAAGUGAAUCAUUAAAAGCUUAUUUAAAAUAACAUGGAUUUGUUCCCAUAUAUGUUGAUUCAGAUUGUUUAGAAUAUUUUAAUUAAGAAUUCUGCACAAAAUUAUAUUAACCAAUUAUGAACAAUGAUGUUAGUAUUACAAAAUUAGCAGCUCUAGAAUAUUCAGAACAUAUGUAAGAAUGUUUUAAAAAGAUGAAUGAUUCUUUUUUUUAAGAAAUUAAACCAUAUAUAAAUUAAAGUUCUAUUGCCUUAAUAGCAGAUUAUCGAUUAUUAUAUUUAAGCUAAUUAUUUGUAAGUCAUAAAUUUACUAGACUACCUAUAGUAAUAUUUUAUAAUAGAUUAUUUCCUCAUUUUGAUAAUCUCAAAUUAAUUCCAUUCUAUUCUGAAAUAACUAAUUCUUUUUUACAAGCUAAUGUAAUUUGUUUUAGUAAUUAUGAUACUGCUAAUGAAUUCUUAACUAUUAUGAAGGAUAUCUAUUAGAUAGAAUAUCAUUCAUUUAAGGGGAAUUUAGCAUUUCAUUAUUAUGGCAGAGAAAUUUAUGUUAAAUUAUAGAAUCCUGGUAUAGAAAUUAAAGCAUGUGGAGAUUAUAGAUUUGAUGGAAAAUUUAAAAGAAAUCUAUUAGAAAAUGAAAUAAGAAUAGUUGGAGUAGACACUUAUGGACAUCAAUCAGGUGUAGAAUUAAAAUUUAGACAUCUUUUAAAAUUUAUUAAAGAAACUGAUAUCAUUCAAAAAAAUCCUCAUAUUAAGUUUAUCUAAAUAUAAUUAAAAGCAUUUGAAGAUAAUGAUGUAUAAAUUUAAAGAUCAUAAUUAAUAAAUCAAAUUUAAUAGAUUAAUUAAAUAUUAUAUCCAAAUAAUGAAGAUUAUUUUAUUAAAUUAAUUGAGGAAGAUAUGGAUUCUAAAUAACGUUUUGAAGAGUUCAGUAAAGCCAAUUUAUAUUUUUAAUGUAGAUAUAGUGGAAGACACGAUUUUUAUCUAUUAGAGUAUAUUCAUUUAAAUCCUAUGCCUAUAGCUUUAAUCAGUGAUUCUAGUUGUUUUCAUAGAGGUUGUCACUCUAUUUCAACGUUUAACGUAUUUUCACAUAAAGAUUUUAAAGAGAAAUUUUAUGAUUUAUUAGAUAAAAUACUGAAAAAGUCUUAUUAAUUUACUUAAGUUCAUAAAAUAUAGGUUGAAAAAGAUUAAUAAAUUAUUCGAUAGAAUUAAACAUCUUAAUGGAUAGAAAAUAUUUUUAUUGAUGCAAAGAAAGCUGCUUCAAUGCUUAAAUUUGCUUAGAUUAGUGUUAGAAAUAAAGAUGGUUAAUAAAUAAAAGUAGCUCAUAAUAUGAAAUUUUAAAAUUUAGAUAUUUAAUAAGUGGCUAGAGCAUAUUAAUAAGCAAUAAAAGGAAUAAUAAUUUUAGAAUUUGAAUCCAUAGUUAAUGACCAAUAUGUUAUUGAUUAUAAACCACAUCAUUUUUUAUAAUAAAGUCCUCAUAUGAAAGGAAAUGAAGAGGUAAUUGUAAUUAGAUAAGUUUAAUAAGAUAUUUUGUAAGCCUUAAAAGAACUAUCAAAAACAAAUAAAGUUUAUGUUAUUUCAAGUGGACUAUAUAAUGAAUUAUAAUCAAAUUUUAAUGGAUAGAAUGUUAAUUUAUUUGCAGAAAAUGGAUUUUUAUAUAGAUCGGAAUUAAAUUAAUGGAAUGCAUUGUUUAAUAUUGAUUAUUAAUGUUUAUCAUAAGUAAAAAAAGUAUUCAAUUAAUAUGCAACAAAAACUGAAGGAGCUGUUGUAGAAGUUAAAGAAAGUUCAAUAUGUUGGUAAUUAAAAAAUUAAGAAGAAUAUGCUUAACAAUUAAUUUAAGAUCUUGUUGAAAAUGUAUAAACUAUUGUUGAUCGUUAUUCAACUUUUUAAUUGAUAGUAAAAUCUAAUUGUGUUGAAGUUUGCCCUAAAAAUUUAAACAAAGGAAUGAUUUUAGAAUUGAUAAUGUAGAAAGAACAUCUUUAAAAUGGAAAAUUAGAUUUUGCUUUGGUUGUAGCAAGAGGUAUUGAAAAUGAAGAUGUUUUUUCUCAUUUUAAGGUAAUAACAUAAAGUAGAAAAUAUUUUACUGAGGUAACAAAUUUAUUUACUUAUUAGAAUGCUAAUCAUUUCUCAGUAUCGUAGGGUCUUGUACCAUCAUAUGCUAAUUAUUAUCUUAAUUCACAAAUAGAUUUAAUUCAACUAUUAAAAGCAAUGUGA